UGGAUGCAUCACACGCUUAAUUUACUCCCACCUUUCCCCUCCCGAUUCACCCUUCCUUUCCACACUCACCUCACCCUCCCCAACCUUCCACUCUCUUUCUCCCCAUCUCCAUCUCCAUCUCCCAUCUCCCAUCACACACACACACAGAGAUUCCAGUGAGGCAAAUGACAAACUACUCCCUCCCUCUCUCUCUGCCAUAGCUUCACCGCAGAGCCACAAUGCCCACCUCCUCCUCCUUCUUCUUCUUUUUCUUCUUCUUGCUCUUGAUCUCCUCCGCUCCCAUUCUCGGUCGCAGGAAUCUCCUCCACCAACCCUUUAUCCCACUCGACGCUCUCCCUCCUUCCCAACCACCCUCCUCCUCCACUCCCCUUAAAACUCCCACCACCACCACCACUUCACCCAAACUCCCAUUUUCCAGUUCCACCCCCAACCCAUCUCCCUUUUUCCCAUCCUACCCUUCCCCACCUCCGCCUCCCUCCCCUGCCUCCUUUGCGUCCUUUCCUGCCAACAUCUCCUCUCUCAUUGUCCCCGAGCCACACUCCGCCAAACACACCUCCCCUAAGCUCGUCGCCUCCGUCGCCGUCGCUGUCUCUUCCGCCGUCCUCCUUGGGAUAGCCGCCUUCCUCUACUUCCGGCGCCGGCGGAACCGUGAGUUCGCCGACGACAAGACGUCGAGAUCUAACAACAGCAACAGGUUGUUCCCAGCAAAUGUGGAGGCCAACAAGAACACCCCCACCGGCCGCGAGUCCGAGUUUCUGUAUCUGGGCACUUUGGUUAACUCGCGGGGUGUCGAUGACGUUCAACGUCCCGCCAAUAGGAGGAGAGUUGAUGACAGUGGGUUGAAUACUCGGAAGCUGGACUCCCCGGAGCUCCGCCCGCUUCCGCCGCUGGCUCGGCACCGUUCGAGCGAUGGCGAGUAUGAAGCGGAAGAAGAGGAGGAGGAGGAGUUUUACUCGCCCAGAGUGUCGUUGGGCGGCACUGAUUCGGGGUCGCGGAGAGCGUUUGUGGUGGCGGACGAGAAGAAGAGCAGCGAGUCCAGUUCGGUUUCGGAUUCGUCUUUGACUUCCGGCUCGCCUGCUCGGUCUCACUCCAUUAGCCUCUCGCCACCGGUCAGUUUGAGCCCCAGAAGAUUGCAACCCAAGUCUGUACCAGAUGUUGUUGCUGCUGCGCUGUCUUCGUCGUCGGUAUCGUCGACGCCGGCGAGGCACCCAGAUGUGUCGUUGAGAGCUUGGAAUGAGAAUGUGGAGUCUUCGGAUGCUUGGGAUCAAAUGUCUCCUCCGCCUUCGCUAGAUGUUUGUUCAUCGCCUUUCAAUGCUUCGGAUCGAAAUCAUAGAGAGUCUCCGGCACCUUCUUCACCGCUAACUUCUUCAUCACCAUCUCGAGCUUCUUCUCCAGGCCGUGAUUUGGAGGACAACGCACCCAGAAGAUCCAAUGUUGAGCAGUCUCCACAGAGAACUGUCAGUGCUUCACCAUCACCAUCACCAUCACUAUCACCACCUGCUUCGCCAGAGCGUGAUUUGGAAGUAAGUGCACCCACAAGAUCCAUUGUCGAGCAGUCUCCAAAGCGAACUAUCAGUGUUUCAUCACUUACUUCUUCAUCGCCAUCUCUACCUUCUUCCCCAGAGCGUGAUUUGGAGGAAAACACACCAAGAAGAUCCAAUGUUGAGAACUCUCCAGAGAGAACUACGAGUGCUUCAUCACAGCCUUAUCCUAUUCCACCACCUUCAUUACUACCUUAUUCAUCACUAUCCCCAUCACCAUCUCCACCUUCUUCGCCAGACCGUCCAAGAAGAUCCAACGUUGAUCAGUCUCCAGAGAGUACUGUCAGUGCUGCUUCAUCACAGCCUCGUUGUGUCCCACCUCCACCACCACCACCUCUCCCUCCGCUAUAUACGCAGAGACACUGGGAAGCUCCAAGUGCUUCAACACCUAUUGCUCAGCCGAUCACUAAGCCGCCAUCACUCAUACCGCCUUCGAGGCCUUUUGUAUUGCAAAACCCAACAAAGGUUUCUCCAAUCGAGCUGCCACCCAGUUCCACAUCCACAGAGAAGAGUGAGGAGGAGACCCCCAAGCCCAAGUUAAAGCCGUUGCAUUGGGAUAAAGUAAGAGCCAGCUCCGAUCGCGAAAUGGUGUGGGAUCACCUCAGAUCUAGCUCUUUUAAAUUGAACGAGGAAAUGAUUGAGACAUUGUUUGUGGUGAACACGCCAAACCCAAAAUCUAAAGAAGCAACCCCACGCUCGGUGCUUCCCUCGCCAAAUUCUGAGAAUAGAGUGCUUGAUCCCAAAAAGUCACAGAAUAUCGCAAUUUCGCUGAGGGCGCUUAAUGUGACGAUCGAGGAAGUCUGUGAUGCUCUUUUAGAAGGUAAUGCAGAUACACUUGGUGCUGAACUCCUUGAAAGUUUAUUGAAGAUGGCUCCAACCAAGGAAGAAGAACGUAAACUGAAGGAGUACAGAGGUGAUUCAGCAAUCAAGCUCGGUCCAGCUGAGAAAUUUCUGAAGGCACUGCUUGAUGUACCAUUUGCAUUUAGAAGGGUGGAUGCAAUGCUUUACAUAGCUAAUUUUGAAUCUGAGGUUGAGUACCUCAAAAAAUCUUUUGAAACUCUAGAGGCAGCCUGUGAAGAACUGAGAAACAGUAGGAUGUUUUUGAAGCUUCUAGAUGCUGUGUUGAAGACUGGGAACCGCAUGAAUGUUGGAACAAACCGUGGUGAUGCCCAUGCCUUCAAGCUUGACACACUUCUCAAGCUUGUUGAUGUCAAGGGUGCAGAUGGAAAAACCACUCUCUUGCAUUUUGUUGUACAAGAAAUUAUAAGAACAGAGGGGGCUCGACUCUCAGGCACCAAUCAAACUCCAAACUCUACUCUGAGUGACGAUGCCAAGUGUAGGAAGCUUGGCCUACAAGUUGUUUCCAGUCUUAGUUCAGAGCUCACCAAUGUGAAGAAAUCUGCUGCAAUGGACUCUGAUGUGCUUAGCAGUGAAGUGUCCAAGCUUUCUAGCGGGAUUGGGAACAUCGGUGAGGUUGUGCGAUUAAUCGAGACAACGGGAUUGAAUGAAAGCAGCCAGAAAUUUUCAGAGUCAAUGAACAGGUUCAUGAAAAUGGCUGAGGAGGAAAUUUUCAGAAUUCAAGCCCAAGAAAGUGUUGCUCUGUCUCUAGUGAAGGAGAUUACAGAAUACUUCCAUGGGAACUCAGCUAAGGAAGAAGCUCACCCUUUCAGAAUCUUCAUGGUAGUGAGGGACUUUCUUACCGUUCUUGAUCGGGUCUGCAAGGAAGUUGGUAUGAUAAAUGAGCGAACAAUAGUUAGUUCUGCCCAUAAAUUUCCUGUUCCAGUGAACCCAAUGCUGCCACAAGUUGCACCAGGAUUCCAUGUUAGGCGGCAGUGCAGUUCCUCUGAUGAUGAGAGUGCAUGUUCUUAGCAUUAUGGCUCCUGUCAGGGUGUGGCCUUUUUACUGCAUCUUGCAAGAAACUGCUUGAAAGCUUGAAUGGUGCGGCCGAGUUGUAAUUUUAUUUAUAUUUUCUUUUUCUUAUAAUCUGUAUAAAGCCAUGUAAAAGAUUUUGAGGUCAUCCUAUAGAUAAUAUACAAAGAAGAAUUUUUUCCAUGAAGAACAAGCCAGGAAGCCGAAUUUUUUGAAUAUGUAUUGUAAGCCUUCGAACAUAUGUUUAUUAUCAGUGUACAAAUUGCAGUUAGCCAAUGGCCUUGUAAUAAUUCUUCCAAAAUAAAUUUCACCAGUGGCCUUGUAAGA